GUCUGAGUGCACCUAUUCAUAUCAUAAUACGCGCUUUGUGCUCUUGCGCCGGUUGUGAUACGUUUUACAUUUCGCGUAUCAACGCUGUUGGUUUUACCGUUUUUAAAGGCCGACACUUCUCCCGUCAGUAUACGAUCGUGCGCGUUACAAACGCGACGUGUUCUAUCAUUCUGUUCAGCUAUAAAUAUACGGUGACAAAUUGACUGAUAAUAUCUUUGGGAGUUUACACACGAAGUGACCAAAAGUGGAAUACAAGGCGACGAUAUGGAUAAAAACGUUUCAGAAGAAGUUCAAAAGAAAAUCAACCAAUUGCGAAAUUGGAUAGACAGUCAGCCCCACUUGCCAAAGGAUGUAGAUAACCGUCUUCUACUGCGAUUCCUCCACAGCUGCUACUAUGACGUGGAGAAAACCAAGGUGACCAUCGAGCUGUUCUUCAAGGUCAGAGACAGCGCCCCCGAGUUAGUAAACCACAGAGAUCCGCUGUCACCGGCUAUGCAAAAGGCUAUGAAAAUUGCAAAUGUGGCGCAAUACGAAAUAUCAGGCAACAGAAACAUCUGGCUUUGGCAGCUCAAUGACCCAGGUCUUGAACAGUACGACUACAUCCAAGAUGCUAGAAUGUUCAUAAUGACUUGUGACGCGUGGAUGCUAAGUAACGAUCAACUGGCUGAAGAAGACAUCGUCGUAAUGGAUGCAAAAGACAUUUCACUUAAAUUCAUCACGAAGUUUAAUAUGUCUGUGGCACGGAAACUUGCGAAGUACCAAGAGGAUGCUAUGCCAAUCAGGUUAAAGCAGAUCCACAUUAUUAACGCACCUCCUUUCAUUGACAAGCUGUUCAGCAUGAUGAAACCGUUCCUAAAACAAGAAGUAACAAAUAUGGUCCACUUUCAUGUGCCAAAAUCGGAUACCCUAUACAAGUACCUAAAUAAAGAAGAUUUGCCAUCGGAUUACGGUGGCUCCCGACCUUCCAUGGAAGAGCUGAAUAAGAGAGUCGUAGAUAUUGUUAUGGAAAAAAGGAAAAUCUUUUUGGACGAGAACUUCUGGAAGACAGAGAAAAAGGGAAAGAAAGUGAAAGAAAGCACAACCUUUAGAUCUCUAGAUAUAGACUAGUUAAUAAAUAGACAUGGCCACAUGGUAAACCAAUAGAAACAAGUUACUUUAUUUGUGAUAAGUUUAGUAAACUUAAUAGGAAUGAGA